GACAACCACUUUGACAAUUGCUUGUUAUGUAAAAAAUAUAACCAAUACUUCAGUCCUUUCAUUUUUUGGGCAAUUUAUAAUAAAUAGAAAUGUCUACGUUGGUGAGAAUAGGUCUUAAACGAAUAGUUUCAAAUAAUAUAUUCCAACAUAAUAAAAACUUACCUUUUAUGAGAACAAUUACCAGCCUGCGUACGAGAUCUCCUGAUGAGGAUCGCCCCGAGAAACCGAAACCCUGGCCCUACAACGACAAACCUUUCACUUUAUUUCAUUACCUUUACGAUAAAACCUCCGCUCGCCUAGAUGAAAACUCUAAAAUAGUAGUCGUGGAGGGUCCUGUUGCAGCAGGUAAAUCGAAGCUAGCGAAGGCUUUAGCUCAGGAAUUCGACAUGCUCUAUUUACCCGAAGCUAACUUGGACAUGAUCUAUAUCAAUGACUACGGUUACGAUUUGAGGAAACUGGACCCCCAGUUGCCGGACAGCUGUAAGAGCUGGGACGUUAUGGAUUUCUUAAAAAAUCCAAGGCACAGACACACCAUCCGAUUCCAAUUGCAACAAUAUAUAAUAAAGUACUCCCAAUAUAUCGAUGCUUUGGCUCAUGUUCUAAGUACCGGACAAGGAGUUGUGUUGGACAGAUGCGUGUAUUCCGACUUUGUGUUCACUGAAGCUAUGUACCACAGUGGAUUCCUGAAUAAACAAUGUAGAAAGAGAUAUUACGAGUUUCGUGAUAAUUCAAUAUCAGAAUUAUUGAGACCACAUUUGAUCAUAUAUCUGGACGUGCCGGUUCCCAAAGUGAUGGAAAACAUCCAGAAAAGGGCCAUCAGUUACGAGAAAGAUUCUAAAGUUUUAACACCGAAAUAUUUGAGUACUAUGGAAAAAUAUUACAAACAAGAAUAUUUGAAAACUAUGAGUAAACACUCUGAAUUGCUAAUCUACGAUUGGUCCGAGGAAGGAGACGUGGAAAUCGUAGUCGAAGAUAUCGAAAGAAUCGAUUUUAACAGAUUCGAUACCCAAGACACUCAAUUGAAAGAUUGGGUUUGCAGAUUAGAAGAAGAAUAUGGAGUUUUGAGGCAUAAAUACGCUGACAAAAAGCAUAGUUUGAUGAAUUAUUUCAACAUUCCUUGCUUCGAUAUUCCCGAACUUGAAGUCGAAGCAAUGGAAGCACACGCUUACCACACUCUUAUGAAUAAUGCGCCCGGUAACCAAUUCCUGAAGGGUUACAAUGCUAAGCAGGGAGACACAGGUCUUUUAUUUAAAACGGGAGGUCCACAUCGCGAGACCUUGCCAUUAAGAGAAAGAAGAACGAGUUAAUUAGUUAUUUAAUAUAUUUUGUGUAAUAUUUUUUCGGCUCUUUAAAUAAAAGAUGUUAACAAGAA